GGGACAUGGGGAAAAAAUGGUAUCCAUUUUGAAGGGCGAGGAGUCGGUUACUACAGACUAUGCCUCGUUGUUUCCUGUCUCAUCUGAUAAAAACUUCCCCAAUCUUCUCUCGCUGUCCCCUCCUCUAUCAAUCAAUCCAUAUAUGAACUUUGUUCUCAUUUAAUUCCACCAGGUUUCAGUGUGUAUUCUAUUCUUUUUGAAUUUCCCCCAAAACUUGCAAAAUUUUGCAUACCCUUCGAUUCUAUCCUUUCCUCAAACAAAUUUCUGCUGGUUUCAGUUUCUGUUUUCGAUCCAAAAUUAAGUGUUUUGAACUGGGUUUUUCUUUGUUUAGUAGGGUAAAAUAGGGCAAGGAUUUUAGUUGUUAAUGGUAAUUUGGCAUUGCCAGAGCUGUGAAAUUCUUGGAUGGAUGCAGAGAGUGUGAUACCAUCAGGCAUUAUGAGCUUCAAGGAUUGGGUCCUAUCUCAAUUAGUGUCCAAGACACUAGCAUCAUCAAGACCACUUUCAACAUCGGAAAGCUUUUUGUCACCGGAAUCACCAAAUGAAGAGUAUCAAAACCAAGCUUGCACCACUAAUGUGGCCAUGUUACCGGCAUCUUCCAAUACUUCUUAUUCUUCCAAUAAUAAUCCGGAAAAUCAUAACCAGUUGCCUUCAGAGCAAGUCUUCGACGAAAUAUCUUGUCAGUCUAGUAGCAAUGUUGUUGAGAAAAAUCCAAUUGUUAGAAUUGAACAACUUCAAAUCAAGUUUUUACGUGUUCUUCAUCGACUUGGUUUGCCACUAGACAAUAUCAUGGUGUCCAAGGUCUUGUAUCGGAUCCACCUGGCCACAAUGAUUCGAGCGGGGGAAUCCGAUUUAAAAAGAUGCAAUCUUAAAAUUGAGAAAGCAAGAGAAAUAGCAGCAGAACAGGAGGGUUUUGGUCAGCCUGAAUUGGAUGUCUCCUUCAAAGUACUUUUACUUGGUAAAACUGGAGUGGGCAAGAGUUCAACGAUAAAUUCGAUAUUCGAUCAAAAUAAGGCUAUGACAAAUGCAUUUCAUCCUGCAACUAAGCAUGUCCAAGAAAUUACUGGAACUGUGAAGGGUGUCAAAAUUGCUUUUAUUGAUACUCCUGGUUUGCUGCCUUCCUCUCCAAGUACUGCCCGGAGAAACAGGAAGAUUUUGCGGUCUGUGAAGCGAUAUGUAAGAAAGAACCCUCCAGAUUUGGUGUUAUAUUUUGAACGGCUUGAUUUGAUCAAUGUGGGUUAUAGUGAUUUCCCUUUAUUGAGGCUUGUAACUGAAGUCUUUGGCCCUGCAAUUUGGUUCAAUACCGUCCUUGUGAUGACUCAUUCUUCCUCUGCUCUUCCCGAAGGACCACAUGGGUACCCCGUUACCUUCGAAUCUUAUGUCACCCACUGCACAGAUCUGGUGCAACAUUACAUUCACCAGGCGGUCUCCGACACAAAACUUGAAAACCCGGUAAUUUUGGUGGAGAAUCAUCCUCACUGCAAGACCAACGAUGCUGGAGAGAAGCUUCUCCCUAAUGGACAGGUGUGGAGGUUCCAGUUCUUGUUGACAUGCCUAUGUACCAAAGUUCUGGGUGAUGUUAAUACCCUGUUGGAUUUUGGAAACAGGAUAAAAUUGGGGCCAUCUAAUGUUAGCCGAUUGCCUUCACUUCCCCAUCUCCUCUCGUCUUUUCUUAAGCAUCGUGCUCAACUAACUGAUACUGGAACAGAAGAUGUAGUUGACGAAGUUUGCUUUUCAGAGUCAGAUGAAGAAGAUGAGUAUGACCAAUUACCUCCCAUUCGAGUUCUGACGAAAGCCCAGUAUCAAAAAUUGAGUCCUCAGCAAAAGAACGAUUAUCUUGAUGAGUUGGAUUACAGGGAAACCCUUUAUUUGAAAAAACAGAUGAAAGAAGAAGCACGGCAACGAAGAGAAGCCCUUCGUUCCCAGAGUGGGAUCUCAGCCCCGAAUGGCGAUUCUGAUGGUCAGCAGGAACGCCCAGAACCUGUUCUGUUGCCCGACAUGGAUAUUCCUCCUAGUUUUAGUUCAGAUUAUCCCGUACAUAGAUACAGGUGCCUCACUACUAGCGAUCAGUGGCUUGCAAGGCCAGUUCUUGAUCCCCAUGGAUGGGACCACGAAGUGAGCUUCGAUGGCAUCAAUCUAGAGACGACUGCCAAAGUAACGAAGAACAUCUCUGCAUCCGUCACAGGACAAAUGAGCAAGGACAAGCAAGACUUCAGCAUUCAAUCCAAGUGCACCGCAGCUUAUUCCGAUCCUUCAGAUUCAAGAGCAUCCGUUUACACCGCAGGUCUCGAUAUUCAAUCCGCCCGCCAAGAAUUGAUCUGCUCACUUCACAGCAAUGCACAAGCUAGGACUCUGAAGCAUAACAUCACCGAAUGUGGGGUUUCUCUAACUUCAUUCGGGGGAAACUACUUCCUCGGCACCAAGGUCGAAGACAGCUUCACCAUCGGGAAGAGGCUGAAUUUCACGGUAACUGGCGGCCGGAUGGGAGGCGCCAGGCAGGCAGCGCUGGGCGGUAGCUUCGGAGCCACCCUGAGAGGGAGAGACUACCCGGUGAGAAACGAGAGCGUAAGUUUCACAAUGACACUCCUCUCAUUCAACAAAGAAACGGUGUUGAGCGGAAACUUGCAGUCGGACUUGAGAUUGAGCAGGGGAACAAAUGUUUCUGUGAAUGCUAAUCUCAACAGCCAGAAAAUGGGGCAGGUUUCAAUCAAGACAAGCAGUUGUGAGCACAUGGAAAUAGCUUUCAUUGCACUUUUCUCUAUUCUUAGAGGUCUAUUGCGAAGAAAAGUAACAGACCAUGGCAGCACAGGGACUCUGGAAACUGGAUCUACUCUGUAAUCAUUCUAAUAUUGGGAGGAUAGUUGUUCAGUUUUAAAGUUCAGAGCAUAUUUUGUUAUGUGGUUAAAAUAAAACUCAUGAUUAUUACUUAAUAACUAGACUAGAGUACAAUCA